AUGGCGUCACCGGCCGGCAAAGCAGGAGUCAUCCCUCCUACUGAGGAUGGCGAUACUCUCGACCAGGUUGCCCGGGUAGUUCUCGAUGAUAUCCUGUACAACGUUGUCCAGGACCUUCUUAGCAAGACACACAUGGAAGAAAAGCUUGCCAGAGCGGCUACUGCCUCGAUCCGUGUUGAGAAGCUUGCAUCCGACGCGGCAGAUGGUGGCGCGGAUUCAAAACCAGACGUUAGAAUCGAAACUGACGCUGCUAUUUACGAGGAUGGCAAAACAUUCUUUGCCCAAGAUGUCACCUUCCUCGACUUCUAUACCCGACAGAUGGAAAGGGCUCUCGAAAGCCUGAUCCGAGUGGAAUAUAUUGUAAAAGCAUCCAUACAUUGA